CUUUCAUUCUCUACAUCCCUCUCUUUCAACCAUUUGCUUUUGUACUCUCUUGAGCUUUGUUGUCUUCCAACUUGAAAGCAUGGCAACGGCGGCGUUCAAAGUUCAGGGUCUUUUGGUUCUGUUUCUGUUAGCGAACGGUGCCUUCACAGUGUCAGCAGCUCGUCCUUUGAGCAUCAUUAAGGAAGUGAACGCAGGCAUUGAGGAGGACACGGACGUGUUUGACUGGUUAUCUCUGGGAUCAGUGAAGCAGUCGGGGCCAAGUGCCCCCGGGGAGGGACACAAGUUCACCAACUCCGACACUUUAGGAGGGAUUAAGAACUCGGGUCCCAGCGCUGGAGGAGGGGGACACAAAUUUACCAAUAGUCAGACCUUCGGAGAUGUUAAGGACUCCGGCCCCAGCGGCCCCGGUCAAGGACACUAGUCAUCGGCCACAUGCCAUCUAAUCACCAAGAAACUUGCAGAUUAUUUAACUCCUUCAUUCUUUUGGUUUGUUGGUUCUUUUU